CAACACUACCAUACGGCAUCCCACUGACUUUCGAAGCUGGUCCGUUGGCCCGUGAGAAUAAAAGCAGCUCUCAGCCUUGCGAAAAUCAACCACAGACACUGUCAGACGCGACAUCUGCACUCUGACCCCGAGACGCGCGCUCUGAAGAAGCCAGCACUAGAAAGAAUAUGCUCCUGACCUAAACUUGCCUGAAGUCUUGGAAAGGUCUGCAAGUGACCAGGAAUUCCAGACGCGUUGCACUCGACCACAACCGACGCCUCUCCAACAAUGAAAGCUACUCCUCUGUCGUGCGAACUCCUCCGUGACGGCCUUGGACAUGGUGAACUCACUCGAAACUCGCGACUUGGGCAUCAAAACAGCGUUUUAUCGCGAAUUCGCCCAGUCCGCUUCGAGUAGACCAUUCCUGCAUCGCAAUCUGAGACACGUUCUUGAUCAUCACGAGUCGGAGCUUGCAAAACAAACAACCAACCCUGCGCCGUCGGCAGAUGGCAUGAACGUUGAACACAAGCAUCAUCCGCGCGCCAAUUGGCAGCCGCCAUCAAAUGGCACCAUCGAGGAUCUUUUCCAGGCGCGGCAGCCUCAGCUUCGCAUCACUUCCUUGCUGAUACGUCACAACACCUCAGAUUCGAGAUCAUCACGCAAUGUGGUCGCACGCGGACGUGAGCGAAAGUCGCAGUCUUGGGUGCUUUCUCCUGGAGAAUGGAAGCUACCAGUCUUUGUUGGUGUUUCAAUUCACUAUAAAGCGCACGCGAAAAGUGAGGUCUACCGCGACAAGGUUGAGGCGCACAUGAUCAGAUACUUGACCAGUGCUCGCAAGCCUGUGUUCAGUGUUGAACUCAAAAAGCCGCUCUUGCUCGGUGUCGAACAGCUUGCCGUGCCGAGACACGUCCACACUUCUACUUCCGACGCGGAAUGGGCGAGGACAAUCACAGAUAGAUAUACUUUGGAGAUCUCAGUCCAGCCCAGGAACUCGAAGGAAUCAGCCGCGCUCUUGAGCCAGCUCGAGAACAAGUCUCAGAGCGACUAUAUGCACGCUUCUAGUAACGAGGGUGUGAUCCGGCUUGUCUGGGGUGACCCCAACCCGAAUACAACGAGCAAAGACCCAGGACUUCCAGAAUUGCCGCAUAGUGACCAGCUGUUGAUGUUCAGAAGAGUCAAGGGGCUCAAGACUCUACAGCUAGAGUACGGCGCAGAAGUCGACAUGAGCUGGAAAGGGAGAACCAGCGGAAGCGUUUUGGCUGAUUACAACGUGAGGCAAGCGCGACUCGAAAGAAAGCGCCAGAUGCCAUCUCCGGCCGUUUCUGAACACCAGCGACAAACCAAGAGACACCGGGGGCCAAGCAUGGUACGAUAUUUGUUUCGAUCGACGACCUUUAUCAAACGCGAGAUCGAGCUGGAGAACUUGAGCUGUAUCUUCUGCCAAGAAUAUCGGGAGCUUUCCUCUUUCCCACAGUUGCUAAAUCACUAUCAGACCCAUCACGACCAAUUCAGCAUCGAUGUCGAGGACGACGAAAACGAUCUGGGAGUCAAGGUCCUGUCACUUCACCUCGAUGAUGAGCAGUAUGGUGUGUCCACGGAAGAGGAAAGCGAGGACUUUGACUGGGAAGCACCGAACACACUGCUAGACAUUGCAGCUCAUGUCAAUGGGGAGUCAACAUGGAGGAUCAAGGCUGCAGUUCCUGUGCAGUAUGAAGGCAUGCCGCCUGCUAUAAAGAAGUUCUCAAGCACGUGGAGGCCUGGUAAACCACCAAAGAGGACUGUGUUGGCUGCUAGGCAGCUGCUCGGUCCCGGACCAGACCGGAUCUUGAAGUCUAGGGGAAGAGACAUUGCUCCUGAAGACGUUCCAGAUCUUGCGCCUUACAAAAGGAGAAAGCAUCGAGUUCCGGACGUACCCGGGGUCUCCUUCUACCGUACGACGUCCAAAAAAGCUCUUGUCGCUGGUGACGAGGUCAGCGAUAGCGAUGACGACGUUGACAAUACCUGGAUUGUCCAAAGCCAAUGUCAUGAUCUUCGCAAGCUGGGCAAGGAUGACAUCGAGCUGGAAUUCCACUUGAUGCUUAAUAGUCAUAUUGAUGAAGAACAGCCUGAUUCUGAUAUUCUUGUGCGAGAUGCGCUUGUACGCUUCGCAAGAAAACAUGCUCAGGAGCUGAGCAGGCCAGACCUGAGAGCGCUAUUCAAGUCAAAGCUUGAGCAAUUCGAAAGUCGAGGUAUCAUCACUAAAACAUACCUUGAGUACUGUAUGAAGGUGGUGCCUCUUUCUGAGCAGCAGGAACGUAGCCCAGAGCAGGCCACUCAAGAUGAGGCUAAUAGCUCGGAGCCAAGUGUGCAUGGUCCAUCUCAACCGCGCUGGAACAACGGCCGUCCCUCCACGGCAGGGGAGUCUGAGGCGGAGGUGCACCCAUCUAAGGCACGUGUGCACAGUCUAUUCCAGGCUCGUGGCAGUGGCUCAAGAGAGCCAACAGAUGCCACAUCUCCAGCAGCGUCCCGAUCGCCCUCGAAGGCUUUCAGCAAAGUCACAGGCACUGUCUCUACUUCUCCAGACCGUUCUCGAUCUGCACUUGGCACUUCGAAUCUCACGCCGAACAGCAAAUUCAGAGCAAGGUGGAUAGAUGGCCGCAUCGUCAAGGACGCUGACGGCCAACCACAACCAUCGAAACCUCAAGCGCAGUCUUCUACGAUACCAUUCGGCAAGCGCAUUGUGGUCUGCAAACGAGCGCCCAAGGCCAAGAUGACGACACAAGAGGCACGAAUCUAUAAGGUUCCCGUGUCGGACUUACUCAAAGAUGAGCUCGAGACAAAGCCACCAGAUCAAAUCAAGCCACAGGAUCUCGAAUUUCGUAAAUUGCAUCGAAUUAUGGAUAAGGACUUGGUCUUCUUAUGCGGUUCGGACAACAUCGUGCACGUAAGCGGCUCUGCCAAUCAGCUCGUCACCGAUGAGGAAGACUUCUACAACGCAAUGGAUCGGGCAAAAAAGAUGCCUUCUCACAAAGAGAUUGUAUUCGAAUUGCAGGAGACCACAUAUUACGUCGAUCUCUUGCAGACACGUCCGAAGUCGAAGUCUCCGGAGAUCGAGGAGGUUUCUGGAGAGAAGCAGGAAUUUUGUGUCUGUGGGAGGCGCGCGGAAGGUUAUCGAGGUACUAUUGGAUGUGGAAAUCCGCGUUGUGGUCGAAACUUCCAUAUGGAGUGUGUCAAACUUUCGAAGAGGCCGAUGGAUUGGAAAUGUGUGGAUUGCUCGCCUUCGGGGUAGUCUGCUCAGGUAAUGAAUGGAAA